UGGACCCAAAACCGCGGCUACGUACAGUGACGCGUGUAAUUCACACUCCACUUGGCCCUAAUUUUUCUUCUGUUCAUCUGCCCUCCCUCUUUUUACUGUACCCCUCCUCUCUCGCGAAAGCCCUAAUUCGCUGCAUCUUCAUUGUUCUUUCCCUCUUUGUUUUGUUAUAUCCUUUCCGGAAUCAAUAAAUAAAUCGGGGGUUACAUGGAGAAACAAGACGAGGAGUUGUCGAUGAGGAUUUACAAAGAUUCGAAUUUUACGGGAGGUUGUUUAGAAAUACGUUUGUUCUACAUACGUAUUGCGCCGUGCGCUGUUGACGCUGUGCCGGACCACCUAAGCCUCCGCCCUCUCCGCCGUGAGAUGGGCGUCUCGUUGGAAAUAAAUGGAUGCCGACUCCCAGCCUCUGAUGCUGCUUCGAUCACACUCCGCCUUGAUCGCGCCGAUAAGGAUUCAUGUGAGGUGACUUAUUUGAGUACCGACAAAGUCAGAGUUUCCGGCCCGGUGGAGUUUGAGGUGCAGGAGACGAAAGAUGUUUUGUUUCUGUGUGGAUCGUUGGCGAGAGUGGAGACGCCAUGGACAAACGGGGCCGCGUUGGAUAGUUCCUCUAAGACUGGCUGGAGCAUGGAUUGUUACACGGCCGCUUCGCUUGUGUCAGGAGGCUCGUCCUUUUUUCAGCCCAAGUUUGGCUUUUGCUCCCCCUCGAUUGAGGUAUACAUAGCCGGGCGCUGCUCUGGUUUGCCCGUGAUACUGACCAAAACCAUCCAGGUUAGCCCAAAGAAGAAGGUCUGUAGGCAGGCUGUGUUGGAUGCUAUUCCUGAAGAAGAGGAAAUAGGGAGGGGCCAGAUAAACUGUAAUGGAUUGGUCCUACAACGUCAAACAAUGCAGAUCACAGAGGCAGAUGAUUAUUAUGGUUUAGAUGGGAAAACAGUGAAUGGCUCAUAUGGUGAUGGAAUGUACCCAGGUGAAGAUGGACAACUAUCUUGGUUUAAUGCUGGGGUGAGGGUUGGUGUGGGGAUAGGCCUUGGGAUGUGUGUUGGCGUUGGUAUUGGGGUUGGACUUCUGAUGAGAUCUUAUCAAGCAACAACCAGGAACUUACGGAGGAGGUUUUUCUAGAUCGGUGUGUUUCCAUGGUGGUGAUGGCAUUUGGAUUGGAAGCGGUAACACUUUUUCUGAUCGUUCUACGAUGGCAAUGGCAUUUGGAUUGGAAGCGGUAACACUUUUUCUGAUUGUUCUAUGAGAGCAUCAGUAGCAUCAGAGUGACCUCAUCGUGCAGUCUUAAAGUGCAGUCUUAAAGCGGAUAAACGUAUGUUUGAGUUGGAAUUCUGAAUCAUUUUACUUAUCCUGCUUCUUUUUAGAUCCCGCAAUGUUGUCAACCGUACAAUAUGUUCACUAUAGCAAAUAAUCUUAGGUAGGGAAUGUCUCAGUAUUGUAAUGUUAAUGAGCUAGCGUCAACUGUAUGUAGUGAGCCUUUUGUAAGUAUUUCCUUGGAAAUUUUUGUGUUGAGAUCAUGAGUUGUGUUAUGUUUGUAACAUUGUGUUGUGAAGAGCUUAGAAGAGAUAAUUUGUCAUUCGAUUGAUUAUCCCACAAUAAGUCAUUCUACAUGAUACCCCUGAUGAGAGUGCGUGUAUUGUAUGAAAGUAUGAACUGUGAAGGUGUUCAGAUGACAUAUUGACAUUCUUGUACAUUGAAUUUUGUGGAAUGCUAUUA